UAACAAAAUAACUGCAUUUGAAUGCAAUGUGUGUGUACAUAUCAAAUUGUAUCAAGUGGUAUCAAGUAACCUCCCUUCAACAGGUCUAAAGCUAAACUCGUUCUAACUUGCGUCUAUAAAUUCUAAAAGAACAAAUAAAAUUGAAUUUUUCUAAAUCAUCUACUAUUGGGCUUUAAAAAUAUAUUUAAGUUUUUUUAUUUCAGCAAAUUACUACACAAAUAAUUGGAGGAAAUUGUUUUGACAAAAGAGUUAAAAAUGUCGAGGGUAAAACGUUUGUCAAUUCGUGGAAUACGUAAUUUUGAUGAUGCCGAAGAGGCUCAUAUUAAAUUUGAACGUCCAUUAACAUUAAUUGUUGGUCAAAAUGGUGUUGGAAAAACAACAAUAAUUGAAUGCCUUCGUUUUGCUGCAACUGGUGAAUUUCCACCAAAUUCAGAUCGUGGUAAAUCAUUUAUUCAUGAUCCAAUGUUGAAAAAAAUGAAAUCAAUUAAAAUACGUGGUCUUGUUAAAGCUGAAUUUACUGAUCGUAAAGGUGAACGUUUUAUUGUAACAAGAGCAAUUGAAUCAAUGAGAGUUGAUAAUACUAUUAGAUUUAAAAGUUUGGACAAUGUUAUUUGUAAAAUUAAUCCAAAAACAAAAGAGGAAAUUCAAUUGAAUCAUCGUUGUGCUGAUAUGGAUAAAGAAACAACCAAUUUAUUGGGUUUACCAAAAGCCAUUAUUAAUAAUGUUAUUUUUUGUCAUCAAGAUGAGGCAAAUUGGCCACUUGAAGAAAGUAAAAAAUUAAAAGAUCGUUUUGAUGAAAUAUUUGAUACUGUUGAGUAUAAUAAAGCUCUUGAAUAUAUUCAUAAAAAACUUAUACCAAGCAAAAGAGUUGAGGCUGGUAUAAUUGGACAAGAAAAAAAAUAUCUUAAGGCAAGAAGUGAUGAAUGUCGAGCAAAACUUGGAAGACUUCGUGAAUUUAAAAAUAGAAAAAAUGAAAUAUCUGAAACAAUUCAAAACUGGGAAUCUGAUUUAGAACCAAAAAAAGAACGUUUAAAAGAAAUUAAUAAAAUUAAGGGUGAAUAUAAUGAAUUAAAAAUUUUUGAACAAAAUAAAAUUGUUAAAUUUGAUAUGUUAAAUAAACAAAUAAAAAAUAUUGAAUCAGCAAUAAAAGAAACAUUUAUUGGUACUGAUGACGAGUUAUUAUAUCAAAUAAAUGAAGAUAAAAAAAUUCUUGAUAAAAAAAAUAAAAUGAUUGAUAAUAUACAAAUGGAAAUUGAAGAUUUAAUAAAAGAAGAAAAAAAAUUAACAAUACAAUUAUCAAAACAAGAUGCAGCACUUGGUAAACUUGGACAACAAAUGGCUGAUUUAAAUCGUAUGAUUGAAGAUAGAAAUGAAAUGUUAAAUAAAGCAAUAACAACAUGGCAACUUGAACCAAUUGAUGUUACAUCAGAGCAUGAAGUUAUGAGUACAAUAAAAAUUAUUGAUGAAAAAAUGGAAAAAUUUAAAGAAUCAAUUGAUGAAAAAUGUGCUAAACAUGAUAAAGUUGAAUCUGGAUUAUCUAAAAAUUUAGAUAUAUUAAAAAAUGAACAUGCAAAAAUUAAAUCUGAAUUAGAAAGAGAUGAAGAAGAUGUUAUUGAGACAGAAAAUACAAUUCGUAUAACAAAUAAUAAAAUAUUAAGAGCUGAUUCAGCUAAUCAAAAACUUGAAAAAAUUAAUAAUGACAUUGAAGAAAUUGAAAAAUCAAUUGAACAAAUUGAAAAUGAAAUAGCUAAUGAUAAUCUUGCUGAUAAAAUUAAAAAUGAAACAAAAAAUUUAAAGAAAUUUGAAGAACAACAAGGACAAUUGGAAGAAGAAAUUUCAAUAAUACAAGAUCAAAAUGCACUAACAAUGAAACAUGAAAGUUUAAAAAAAGAUAUAACGAAAAUGCAAAAAUCAAUUGAUGAAUUUCGUGCUAAACAUGAAAAUAAUAUUUAUUAUAUAUUAAAAAUAAAAAAAUUACCAGAAGUUAAUUUAAAAGAACAAAUUGAUGAAGUACAAUCAGAAUUAACAUAUGAAUUACAAGAAUUAAAUAAACAAAUUAAAAUUGAAGAUAACAAAGCUGUUUGUACAAGACAAACAAUAAAACAUAAAAAACAAGAUUUAAAUUCAAAAAUAGCUGAAAUUGAUAUUGAUAAAAAACGAGUAUUAAAUCAUUGUUCUGAUUAUAAUUCAUUGGAUAAUGAACUUGAACAACAUAAUAAAAUUGUUAAACAUUUAUCAAAUAAAAGAGGAAUGUUUUCAUAUCAAAAAUCAGCAUUUGUUGAGUAUAUGAAAAAAUUAGAAAAUGAAAAACCAUGUUGUCCAUUAUGUGAACGUAAUUUUGCUGAUCAAUUAGAAGCUAAAACACUUGUUAAAAAAAUGACAAAUGAUUUAAAACAACAUCCUGAAAUGAUGAAAAAAUUAGAAAAAGAAUUAAAAAUUGCAACAGAUAAACAACAAGUACUUUUAUCAUUAAAACCAAUUGUCGAGAAAAUAUUAAAAUUUGAAAAUAAUACAAAACAAAUAUUAAAAAAUAAUAUUGAACAAGAAGAAAUAAAUUUAAAUAAAACAUUGGAAAUAAUUGAAAAUCUUGAAAGUUCAAAAAUUGAGCCAGAAAAAAAACUUGAUUUAUUAAAAAAAAUGCAUUCAGAUGUAAUUCUUUGGGAUCAAUAUAUUAAUGAUAUAACUAUGCUUAAAAUAUCAUUUGAUGAUUUAGAAGAUGAAUUAACAAAUUCAGGAAGAAAAACAAAUAAAACAAUGGAUGAAUUACGUGAUGAACAAAUAAAAUUACGUUCAAAUAUUAAAAAAUUACGUGAAAAAAUAAGUUUAUGGCAAGAUAAAAAAACUAAAAAUGAUGAAUAUUUAAAAAAUGCUAAUGAUAAACGUACAAAAUGUUUAGAAAAUCAAUUACGUAUACAUAAUGAGGUACAAGAAGUCAAACAAUUAAAAGAUAAUAUGAUAACAUUGAAAAAUAAAUUAACAAAUUUAAAAAAUUCAAUUGAACAAUUAAAGAAAUCUGAAAUUAAAGCUAAAGAUAAAGUUAAUUCAAUAUCAAAUGAUUUAAAAAAUAUAAAAAAUAAUCAUCGUAUUGAAAAAAAUAAAGACACAGAAUUAUCAAUUAAUUAUUCACAUGAAAUACGUGAAUUAAAAGGAAUUCAAGGAUCAGUAAAACGUUUAAUUGAUCAAAAUAUUAAACAACAACUUGAAAAAACAAAAAUAAUAAUGGCUGAUAUUAAAAGUUCUGUUGAUGAUAAUAAACAAAUUAAAAAUCAAAAAGAAGAAGAAAUAAAUCAAAUAAAAGAAGAUAUAUCAUGUCAUGAAACUAAAAAACGUAAUUUAACUGAUAAUCAAUUACUUCGUAAAGAAAUGAAAACAUAUGAUAUAUUAAAAGAUGAAAUAAAUGAAAUUCAAAAGAAAAUAAAAAAGCUAAAUUUUGAUAAUUUCAAAGAAGAAGAACGUGAAUUGUUACAUGACAAUGAACUUAUUGAAGGUAAUAUAAAUCGAGCAAAAGGACAAAAAGAAGAAAUUCAACAAAAUAUAAAAUUACUUGAUGAAGAAUUAAAAAGACCAGAAAAUUUAGAUGUUGAAAAAUUAUAUAAAAAUAAAUGUAUUGAACAUGCUGUAAUAAAAUUAGUUAUUGAAGAUUUACUGAUAUAUUAUGCAGCACUUGAUGAUGCAAUGACUGUUUAUCAUGAAGAAAGAAUGAAUACAGUUAAUAGAACAAUGAAAAAAUUAUGGGAAUAUAUUUAUACUGGUAGUGAUACAACAUCAAUACAAAUACGUACUGAAGCAGCAUCUGGUACAACUAAAAAAAGAGUAUUUAAUUAUAAAUUAGUACAAAUAAAACAUGGUGUUGAAAUGGAUAUGAAAGGACGUUGUUCAGCUGGUCAACGUGUAUUAGCAUCAAUUAUAAUGAGACUUGCACUUGCUGAAACAUUUUGUGAACAAUGUGGUAUUUUAGCACUUGAUGAACCAACAACAAAUCUUGAUGAAGAUAAUGCAAGAAGUCUUGCAUCAACAUUAUAUAAAUAUGUUGAAUUACGUGCUAAACAUCGUUCAUCAUUUCAACUUAUUAUUAUAACUCAUGAUGAAAAUUUUAUAUCAAAAUUAAGUCAAUUGAGUAGUCAUAAUCGUGCUUAUGAAUUAUAUAGACAAGAAAAUGGCUUGACAAGUAUAAGAUGUUUAGAAAUGCAACAACCUGAAGAUAAUACACAACGUAAUUAUGAUGAUAAUGAUACAGCUCAAAGAAAUAAUCAUAAUACUGAUGAUGAUGAUGACGAUGAUGAAACUCAAAAUCCUCGUCCUGGUACAUCAAAGAAAAAAAAUAGUGGUACAUCUGCAGCUACAACAGAUUAUGGAUUCAAAUAUGACUUUUAAUUAUUGUUAUUAUUAUUCAUUGUUUUCUACCUCAUUUAUUUUUUUUUACUCUAUGUUUUCUU